UUCCUAAACACAGCGCGCUCACUGCUCUGUUGAUACCGAGAGAAGAAGAAAGGCUUCAGUUUCUUGUGCUUGUCAUUUUGUAAACGGAGCCUGCAACCAUUUUUGGUAUAUUCAUAAACCACAAAGUUAUCAGUGAUCUCAUCACCGGACGCUACUUCCUGUCUUUGUCGUCAUGGCGACUGUAAGAGCCCCAGAGCAGUGGAUACAGGGCCAAUGAGGAGGCCUGAUGUCUGAGUCUACUCCUGAAUGAACUGAAGUUCAUGCCACUCACACACGCACCUUUAAAAAGAAGUCCCCGACAUGGAGGAAGGCCGGGUGAACGGCUGCGGACUGACCCCAGGGAGGAGGAACUCAGACUGGGGGCGAAUCGCCCUGCUGGACAAGACCAAGGAGUUCUUCCAGACCUGCGAUGUGGAGGGCAAUGGCUUUAUAUCCCGCACUGACAUGAGGAGGCUCCACAGACAGCUGCCUCUGUCUGCAGAGGAGCUGGAGGAUGUGUUUGACUCUCUGGAUACGGACCACACUGGUUACCUCACGCUGGAGGCAUUCUCCUCCGGAUUCAGUCAGUUCCUGCAUGGCCGGAGGAUCUCUGUGGCCGAUGACCAAAGCCAGGCCCCCGGCCCCGUCUUUAGGGCCAAAGAAGCACUUUAUCAGAGCCAAUGGGAAGCCAAGCUGUCAGGCGGUGAAGACGAGGAGGAGGGGCACUUCUGUAUGCUGCUGGAAAGCCUCGGGGCCAGUAAUGUGUUUGAGGAUCCAGGCGAGGUGCGCAGUCUUUGGGCUCAGCUCAGGCGGGAUGAGCCUCAUCUCCUGUCCAAUUUCGAGGAGUUCCUGGCCAGGGUCACCCACCAGAUCAAAGACGCCCACAAGGAGAAGAAGGAGAUGGAGAGCGCCCUACAGAGGAAGGCUGCAACACACGACAGCGAGAUCCGCUAUUUAUACGAAGAGAUGGAGGCGCAGAUCAAAAACGAGAAAGACCGGCUGAUACUAAAGGACGCUGAGCGUGUUCAGGUGCACAGCCACGACCUGGAGCAUCAACUGUUCUCCAAGGAGAAAGAGCUGGAGCAUCUAUUCCAGAAGCAGAAACGGUUAGAACUCCAGUGCCUCGAGCUGAACAGUGAGAAGCAGGAGAGCCACGUGGAGAAUGUCAAGCUGAAGAUGACCAACGACGAGCUGUCCCGAGCACUGGACGGCACCAGCCAGGACCUGGGGCUGGCCCAGGAACAGCUGGCCAUGCUGCAGGAGCAGGCCGCCCGUCUGCAGCAGGAGAAAGAGAUGGAAAUGUACAGAGUAACUGAGGGACUGCAGAGAGAGAAGCAAAGUCUCAUGAAGCAGCUCGACCUCCUCAGAGAGAUGAACAAGCAUUUAAAAGACGAACGGGACAUAUGCUGCGGCGUACCCCGGACCUCACUCAGAAAGAAGCAGAAGCAGAGAACGGGCCUUGCCAAUAUAUUUGAUGACACCAGCCAGCCAGCGAAAAGAGCCCCACUGUUGGUGGAUGGGUCCUACCAGUCUCUGGAGGCCCUGCCUAUAGAGCACCUUCAUAUCGUGUUUGUUGCUUCCUCUUCCUGUAGUGAGGAUGACACCCCCGUUGCCGCCCCCUCUUCCUCCACCGCCACCGUUGGCGCCCCCGCAUGUCAACAACGCCCCGCUGCGAAGAAAAACUCUGGCUUAGCCAACGGUUACGCCAACCCCGCUCCACCCAAAGUGCACGAUGUGAGGCCAAAGGCCAAGAAAUCCCCCGGAAAGAUGGCCGCCGCUAAGAGGGUGACGGCGAGAGACAGAGACAGAGCGAAGAAAGUGGAAAUUAAGAAGAAGGCGGAAGAGGAGGUCCUGGACGCCCCUCCAGAUGGGUGGCCCCUCCGUCGGGUCAUCUCCAUUGAGGAGGACCACCUGCCCCACCUGCUCCAUGGGGGGCCUCAACUUUUACUGCACCAGCUCAGUGAGGAGGAAGACGAGCUGGAUGACGAUGAGGAGGAAGAGGGAGCUCAGAGUGACUUUGAAACAAGUGUCGUCUUGGCGGCAGACCUGUCCAGCAACCCACCCUCUAGUUACGUCCCCGUGUCGGCAGAAGCUCCUCCAGCAAGGAAAUCCCGCUCUACCCACGCGAAAAAGACGCCCAUGUCUCCUCGUGGACAGCCUGUCGGGAAGGAGACCCAGCAAAGGACAAAAGAAGGAGCGCUGUUUGCCCCGGACCGCCUGUUCAAAGUGGUCCUGGUUGGAAACUCGAGUGUAGGCAAGACGUCCCUGCUACACUCCUUCUGUGAGGGCCGUUUCCACCCUACCACAACAGCUACUGUGGGUGUUGACUACAGUGUGAAGACACUGAGCCUGGACAAUAUGCAGGUGGCCAUGCAGCUUUGGGACACGGCAGGUCAAGAGAGGUACCACAGCAUAACCAAGCAGUUCUUUCGCAAGGCCGACGGUGUGGUGGUGAUGUACGACGUCACCGUGAAGGAGAGCUUCAGGGCCGUGCAACCCUGGCUCAGCAAUGUCCAGGAAGCAGCAGGAAUAGGGAUCCCCAUCCUCAUUUUGGGCAACAAAAUGGACAUGGAUGGAAAGAGGGCGGUGUCAUUCAAAGAAGCUGAGCAGCUGGCUGAUGAAAACAAGGUGAUGUUCUUUGAGGUCAGCGCCUACACUGCCAAGAAUGUGACAGAGUCCCUCACACACCUGGCCAGAGUGCUAAUGGAGCAGGAGGACAGGGUGAGAGACACAACAGUCAUUCUGAGUGCUCCGCCCUUAAAGAAGAAAGCCUGCUGCAAGUGAAGUGUAAACUCAAUUUACUAAGUUCUAGAUCACUUUUUGCAGCGUCAUAAGACAACGAUGAAACCAUUCUUUGACUUUAUCAGAGAAUGUGUCUUUUAACAAGCGGCCUUCUUUUUGACUCACACAUGCACAACAUGUUGGAAGUCCACACCAAGGACUGUGUAGUUCUGUCAAGUUUGAACGAUGAGGCUCAGAGGAAGAGCUCAUCUGAAGUAAAAAAUAAGGUGCUGCCCCAUUCCCUGUACAUAACGCUGUGUUGCCAAAUCACAACAGUGCUGUCUAUAGGAUUUAAAAAUAGAAACAUAUUCUGUAUUUUAAUUACUUUCGAUAGAGAAGUCAUAAAUAAACUGUAGUUUUUUCAUGAAUGAAUGCUAGCUUAAAAGUCUUGAUUUCUUUGUAUUUGUCUUGUGUAUGUUGAUGUAGUCAUACUUUAUAUGUAAGCUUCAACUGAACUAAAUUAUUUGAAAUUCAUUCAAAUAGCUGUUUAAAUGAAAAUCAUGAGAGAACAAUUUGAUUCUUUGACAUUUUAUUCAUCAUCGUUGUUCAUCUCUUUUCUUUUCAUAUUCUUUGUCCGAUCAAAACAAAGUGUUACAUGACAUAUUGCAUCUGUUUGUUGCUGUUCUGAGGCGUUGCUCUGUUUUAUUCUGGCACCAAAGUACGUUUGUUCUGAAUUAUCCCCAAUUAAAGAAAUUUAAAAAUUACAUUUCUCACCUUUCUGAAAUCAAUGAAGCAAAAGAAAUUGGCAAAUGAUGAAUAACAAAUAAAACACAAUUAAUCACUGCACCCUCUAAACAAUUACACAGUGCCUAUUAAAUCUUAACAAAUGACUAAAGGGAAAUCAGAUGACGACUGUGCUGUGACCCUCUCGACAUCACGCAGAUCAAUGCUUUUCAAUUAGCUGCACUAACGAUACAAAGACUCAUUUAUACUCAAAAUGUAGCAUCAUUUCCAGAAAUUAGUGACAGAAAAAUAAAGAAAGAAAUCAAGUUCAUUUAGGAUGUUACAUUCAACGAUGUGCCCGAGUCGAUCAAGCUGGUACAGGUGAUAGCACUAUUGCUGAUCGAUAUUUGC